GAUUUUAUGCUCUGUGGGUGAAAAAAUUAGUAAUAUCCAAGAUACACCUUCAACUGCUAUCAACUUAAUGUAUAAAAAAUUGGUUAAAAAUCAAAUAGAAUAUUCUGAACUAGUAGUAUUUGGGUUUUAUAAUGAGCAAAUUAUAUCAGAACUACUAACUGAUAUUUCAUUUUUUCUGUUAUAUAUAAAGAUUGAAAAAUUUUCUGUAGUUAUUUCAAAAAUUGGAAAUUCUUUGCAAGAAAAUCUUUUUUAUACAAGAUCUGGUUACAUAUCAUCUUUAAUAAUAUAUCAUAAUUCGGAGACUUAUUUUGUUUUACAAAAAAUUUUAGAAGAUUGUUGUAGUUUGCAGAUUUUUAAAGACAAAAAUGAGAUACAACAACAUGUUGGUAAAAUACCAACUAUAGUUUGGCAGGAAUAUGGAAUGUUCCAAAAUAAGGAUCAUCUUGCACUUUUUGGAUUAAAAAUCUAG